AUGGCUCCUCGCAUAGAGUUCAGUAUCGAGCAGAUUCGAAAUAAGGCUCGCAAAGACCUCUUGUAUCUGCUUGAAGGUGUUCGUGGAAAGAAGAACGUUAUCCUCGAUCAGAGCCUUGUCGGCCCAAUCGGAACCAUAGUCAAGGUUGCAACUCUUCAAGAAUAUGGCGUGGACAAGUUCUUCAUUCUAGAAAAUGACAACGCCGACACAAGCCAGCGCAAUGUUGUCUUCAUCUCUCGCGGCGAAUGUGGUCGUCAUGCCGAGGCUAUAGCAGCCCAAAUCAAGCGCAUUCAGCGCGAAAGCCAGACAGGGCACGACUUCCACAUCUUUUGGGUUCCACGCCGAACCCUUGUAUCCGAUAAACUACUUGAAGAGGCCGGGGUAUUGGGCGAUGUCAAUAUCUCCGAACUUCCACUGUCCUUUUUUCCUCUAGAGAAAGAUGUCUUGUCUUUGGAGCUCGACGACUCAUUUCGCGACUUGUACCUCUCCAAGGAUGUUACACCCAACUUCCUCAUGGCGAAGGCUCUCAUGGAGAUACAGCAAAAUCACGGUCUCUUCCCCCGCGUUAUAGGCAAGGGUGAUAAUGCAAAACGAGUUGCAGAACUCCUUUCGCGUAUGCGCCAGGAGCUUCUUGCGGGUGAAGAUACAGCAGAAGCAAACAAGAUUGGGCUUACGCCUAGCACCACAAAUGAGAGCGUCAUUAUCAUUGAUCGCGAGGUUGAUUUUGUUACACCAUUACUCACUCAACUCACAUAUGAAGGUCUCAUAGAUGAGGUCUUCGAGAUUCACAAUAACCAAACCAAGGUUGACACAACUGUUGUGGGUGCCCCUGCGCAAGCCUCAACUGCGACCUCGCAAAGCCGCAAACGAACCAUCCAGUUAGACUCGGCCGAUAAGCUUUACGAACAGCUGCGAGAUGCCAACUUUGCAAUCGUCGGCAAUUUACUCAACAAGGCUGCCAGGAGACUGCAGAAGGUGCAAAGCGACUACGAAAGCAAACACAAAACCAAGACUAUUGCGGAGCUCAGAGACUUUGUCAGCCAACUACCCGGAUAUCAACAAGAGCAACAAAGCGUAAAGAUACACACAGGCCUAGUCGAAGAGAUCAUAAAACACACCAGGACAGACGAAUUCAAGGGGCUUCUGGAAGUCCAACAAAACCUCGCCGCAGGUGCCGACCCAUCAAGCCAGUCCGAUGGAAUUGAGGAGUUGAUAUCACGAGACGCUCCGAUAGCGCAGACCAUGAGAUUGUUGUGCAUUUAUUCAUGUAUAUCUGGGGGCAUCAGACCGAAGGAAUUCGAUCAAUUUAAGCGUCUCAUCUUACAAGGCUACGGCUAUCAGCAUCUUCUUACACUCAGUAACCUUGAGAAAUUGCAGCUUUUCCUCUCAAAAUCGUCGCCCCUGGCCGGGAUGAUACCCAUCCCAGGUACUAAUGUCGGGGCCGUUACGACAGGUAGCAAAACGAACUACACCUAUCUGCGCAAGCAGCUCCGUCUCAUUGUCGACGAAGUCCAGGAGGAUGAUCCCAAUGACGUAUCGUAUGUGUAUAGCGGUUACGCUCCUCUCUCUAUUCGCCUGGUCCAAUGUAUCUUGCAGAAGCAAUAUCUACUCUCUGUGACAAAAGGAAACAGCGCGAGCACUGCAGGAGCACCACCAGGUGUCGGUACGCAAGGUUGGCAGGGAUUCGACGAAGCUGUCAAACAUGUCCGUGGUCAGACGUUCUAUGAACACCAGAAGGGUGAAGACAAGGCAGUCAAAGCACGAGCUCUGCUGUCCGGCAGCGGUAAUAAGCAGACUGUUUUUGUUGUCUUUGUCGGCGGAAUUACUUUCACGGAGAUCGCCGCCCUCAGAUUUAUUGCCAAGCAGGAAGAAGGACGACGAAAUAUUGUCAUUUGUACGACAUCGAUCAUCAACGGGAAUAAGAUGAUGGAGGCAGCGAUCGAGAAACAAUCGUUCGCGAAAGAGAGCAAUAUCGUCAGCUGGGUGGCUGCUGAUAUGGCGUAUCUUAUGUCGGCGCAUGAAUUAGAAUGA